UUCAUAAAACAUAAUAAAAAUUAUAAAGCAAAGCAAUGCAAGUAAUAAAGCUAGAUUCUUUUUAGCUAAGUGUUGGUAUUAAUUUUGAAUUCUUUCUUUUGCUUUAAUUCAUUCACAUUCACUUUUUUUCUUUUUCUAUUCUGUCUUUAAACCAGCCUUCAUUAAGCUACAUUGCAUUAUAUUCAGUUGCACUUCACUGUAAAGUGUUUUAAUUUCCCUCUGCAUGUCAGCUUAGUUUGUUUACUAGGGUUUUAACUGAGGUGGUGGUUUAAGUGGUAAAGUUUUUUUUUUUGUUUGAGUAAUCUUUUGGGAAUUUUGUUAUCUGGGGUUUGAUUAAAAUUUGAUUCUGUUGGGUUUCUUGAAUGAUUUGGGGUUUGAGUUUUACUGUGGAGAUUUGAGUUUUGUAGUGUGAAAAUAGUAACUAAAGUUGUUAAAAGGAGUUUCUUGAAGUGAGACAGAGAAGAAAAUAGAGGGUGGUGUAGAGAGAGAUGGCAGGAGGUGGAGGAGGAGGAGGGCCGGCGCCGCCGCCGAAAAUGGAAGAGUUACAGCCACAUCCACCCAGGGAUCAGCUGCCUAAUAUUGCUUAUUGUAUUACUAGUCCUCCUCCUUGGCCUGAGGCAAUUCUACUAGGUUUUCAACACUACUUGGUGAUGCUUGGGACAAUCGUAAUUAUACCGACUACUCUAGUUCCUCAGAUGGGUGGAGGAAAUGAAGAAAAAGCAAAGAUGAUUCAGACUUUACUUUUUGUGGCUGGAUUGAAUACUUUGUUCCAAACAUUGUUCGGUUCUCGUCUACCUGCAGUAAUUGGAGCCUCGUAUACCUAUUUGCCUGCUACCAUUUCAAUUGUUUUGGCUGGUCGAUACAGCGACAUUCUAAAUCCCCAAGAGAAAUUUGAGAAGAUAAUGCGUGGAACCCAAGGUGCUCUUAUUGUUGCUUCAACUCUGCAGAUCGUUGUUGGUUUCAGUGGCCUGUGGAGGAAUGUUGCAAGGUUCUUGAGUCCAUUGUCUGCUGUUCCUUUGGUGGCUCUAUCUGGUUUUGGCCUCUAUGAAUUUGGUUUUCCUUUGCUUGCAAAAUGUGUGGAGAUUGGACUACCGCAGAUUGUCUUUCUAGUUAUUUUCUCACAGUAUUUACCCCACUUGAUAAAAGGGGAGAGGGCUAUUUUUGAUCGCUUUGCCGUAAUAUUCUCAGUAGUUAUCGUGUGGAUUUAUGCUCAUCUCCUCACUGUCGGUGGAGCAUAUAAAAAUACAGGGCCGAAAACUCAGUUAAGCUGCCGAACAGAUCGUUCAGGAAUUAUUGGUGCUGCUCCAUGGAUAAGAGUUCCGUAUCCUUUCCAAUGGGGAGCUCCAACAUUUGAUGCUGGAGAGGCCUUUGCAAUGAUGGCCACUUCAUUUGUUGCUCUUGUAGAGUCCACAGGUGCUUUCAUUGCUGUGUCGAGAUAUGCUAGCGCCACUCCAUUGCCACCUUCUAUACUUAGCCGUGGUGUUGGUUGGCAGGGAGUUGGAAUUCUUUUCUCGGGGAUAUUCGGAACUGGAAAUGGAGCAUCAGUAUCUAUUGAAAAUGCCGGUUUAUUGGCAUUGACCCGCGUUGGCAGUCGAAGGGUUGUCCAAAUAUCAUCAGGGUUCAUGAUUUUCUUUUCCAUUCUUGGGAAAUUUGGUGCUGUCUUUGCUUCAAUUCCGGCGCCAAUUAUUGCGGCUCUCUAUUGUCUUUUCUUUGCAUAUGUUGGUUCAGGAGGUCUCAGUUUUCUUCAGUUCUGCAACUUAAACAGUUUCAGGACAAAGUUUAUACUUGGCUUCUCCUUUUUCAUGGGCUUAUCAAUACCACAAUAUUUCAACGAAUACACCGCCAUUAAUGGUUACGGCCCAGUCCACACCGGAGCAAGAUGGUUCAAUGACAUGAUAAAUGUGCCAUUUUCGUCGGAAGCAUUUGUGGCCGGCUUCUUAGCUUUCUUCUUGGACACGACGUUGCACCAUAAAGACAGCGCAAUUAGGAGAGAUAGAGGUGCGCAUUGGUGGGCUAAGUUUCGGUCAUUCAAGACCGACACUCGAAGCGAAGAGUUCUACUCUCUGCCCUUCAAUCUCAACAAGUUCUUCCCUUCUGUGUGAUGUUUAGAACAUGUAAUCUCAUUAUUCAGGCUUUUGACAAAAACAUCAGAUUGAGAAUUGAGGCCAUAACUUGGAUCUUUUCCACUUUUUUUUGUUCUGCUGUUGUCACUUUUUAUAAAGCAAGAACAUUGGGAUGUAUUAAUAUGUACAAUACUAAUUUACUAGUGUAUUUUUCUUCAGUUGGUUGGAA